AUGACAUUUGAUUCAAGCCUGCUUAAUCGUGAAUUCCUAGUACCUGCUCUGGAGUAUCUUCCUUUGAAAUGCUAUCUCUCCGGCAGUCCCAGCCAAUGUUCUCCUCUUAUCAUCCUAUUCCAUGGAACUGGCGGUGAUCACUUUCAAUUUGAUAGCUUACUUCCUACGCUUGUCCAACACAAAUAUUGUGUAUUGACCAUUGACUUACCUUACCACGGUCUGUCGCAGCCUGUUGCAUUUUCUAAUCCAGAAUCUCCAGUAACCUUUGAAAGCAUCCUAGAGAAUCUCGACGAGGUCAUGAAAGCCUACAGGUGCGCCAACCCUUCUUCUCAAAACCCAAUUGAUCUCAUUAUCGGCGGUGUCUCCAUGGGUGGUAUGCUGGCUCAGAUCUGCUGCGACCAAAGAAAAACUGCCUGGGAAGAAAUCGGCUUCUCUUUCCGUCUGCUGGUACCUAUUGGUUGCAGCUCUACUAGUCUUUUGUGGCCCCGUAUGGAAUGGAUGGAUUAUCUCGGUGUAAUGGCUGACGAUUCGCCCGAAAAGAAAUCUACAAUUGAUAAUAUGCGAGUAGCCAUCGUAAUGUCAGCCAUAAAGCCCGAAAACCAAAAUGAAGCCAGCCGUGCGAUGGAGCUUGUUCAUGACCAGACUCUUUUUCUCUACCUUCGUGCUUGCGGCAGGGCCAUGCCUCCGAUCCCUUCUUCACAUUCCGAUGGCUUCCAGUUCAAGGACAAGCCUGUUUGUAUUCCACAUCUGCUUAUGCGCGGAGACAAUGAUUUACUCACAGAAAUUUAUAUGGCGGGUUGGAUAACAUGGAUCCAAGAACACAACAUAGACAGUUCUUUAAAGAUUGUUUCUAAUGCAGGACAUCUUGCUAACCUGGAUAAUGGAGUGGAGAUGGCAGAAGAGAUCAUUAAAGCAGCUAAAAAAUAUUAGCACUAGUGCUACUGUUACUGCCACUGCUGCUGCUGUUGUUGUUGUUUUAAUAUAUUUACGUUAUAAUAAUAAUAAUAAUUUUAUUUUUACAAAAAUAAAUAAAAAUUUAUUUGUUUAUCU